GAUUGGUAUAGAACCAAUGAAAUUCCUUUUCUCCAAUUGAAUCGGGGAAAAAUUAAUUAUAAUUGUCAACGACGCUGUGUGGGUGCAGACUUGUUACUUGGACUAGCCUGAAGUUUUCGUACGAAAGUUUCGAUUCUCUUUUGUGCGUAAACUGGUGAUGGCCCAAAAUAGUGGUAUUCAUCCCAAAGCCUAUCCUUUGGCAGACGCACAACUGACGGUACAAAUCUUGGACUUGAUUAGACAGGCUUCCAACUACAAACAGCUGAAAAAAGGAGCUAAUGAAGCCACGAAGACCUUAAAUAGAGGUAUUUCCGAAUUUGUAGUUCUUGCAGCGGACACAGAACCCUUGGAAAUUCUAUUGCACCUGCCUUUAUUAUGCGAAGACAAGAAUGUUCCAUACGUAUAUGUUCCUUCCAAACAGGCGUUAGGAAGGGCCUGUGGUGUGUCUCGGCCGGUUAUUGCGUGUUCCAUCACCGUCAACGAAGGGUCUCAACUCAAAACACAAAUAAGGAACAUACGAGACCAGAUUGAAAGAUUGCUAUUAUGAGUUGUGAAGUUUUUGGUGUUUUGAGAAGCUGCUUUGAGUUUGGGGAGACUCGUGAUAGUAAGGAAUACGUAGCGACUCAAUAUUUCGAUAGUGGCCAUCAGUAGAAUAAAUGGACAUUUGGUAACCCUAUAAAGUGUCGACUCAUUGG